GGGGAGAAGAGCGACCGCCCUUAUCGAAUGGGGAGUUUGGUGACAGUAUCCAGCAGUCGGCAGGCCGUCCCGCCGGCCAGAGGCGAAGAGCAAAUCGAUUUCAUCCACAGCCUGGGGCGGGACGCCAUCCACACCCUCAAGGACAUCGGCAUACUCAGAUGCACGGCCACCUUCCUAUCGCACAUAGACUUCUCGGCUGCCGUCCUCCGCAGUCGGCUGGGGCGCUGCCUGGCGGCCAAACAGCUCGACGGCAUCAUCGCAUUCGAUUUGCAGCUGGAGACCAAGCUCGUGUUGAAGGCCAUCUGGCUGGUGGAGACGCAGCAGUGGACCGAGGUGACCAAUGCCUGCGCUUCGCGCGGCGGAGGGGCUUCUGCCAGCUGCCGAUAACGCUGGCUGUGGCCGACAUGCAGCGUCACGAUAGCAAACAGGUGGGCAGAUGAGCGUGGGGCGGGGCGGGGGGCACUCAUCGGUUUGUCUGUCUGUCUGUCUGUCUAUGGUGUCUGUGUAGGCGUAUUUGGCCGAUGCGCGUGUGAUUGCGUUGUGGAAGAUGGUCGGCAGACACGUCAACUUCGGCGGCGAGUUGGGCCGUUUUAAGCUGUUCGACCAGCCGGGCGGCGGUGUGCGUGCCCUCAAGGACGAGCCGGGCUUCGAGCUGGACAUCAACCCGCCCCUCCCCCCACCCACCCAUACCAAACACACGCCAUCAACGACAACCCGCCCGUCCGAUCCACAAUCCACCCGCAGGGGGGCAGCUGGACGGCCGGUGAUGAGGUGUCCACUGAUGCCUCGGCGUCGGCCUUCAUCAUGGAGACCAUCCUGGGCCCUCCAGUGGCGAAUGGGGGCAGAACUCCAUGUGUUGCCGUGGACCGGUACGCCGGACACACGACACUCAGGCACACACACAUCGAUCCAUCAGGGCCUCUUCCCUCUGUUCUGUGUUGGUCUCCUCAGGCAUGACCACGGUGGUGUGCUGGACGGCCUCCUCAACCAGUCGCCCCACCAGCCCCUCAACGGAUGCACGGCCGUCGUGGCGAGUACGGUGGACAGUAGCCAUUCCCCUGUGGAGCUUCGGCGGCUGUUUCUCACGCCGUUCAACGGCCCAUUCGUCGCAUGGAUCGAUCUGUGUAUCUUCCCCGACACGGACUUAGGUGAGGGAACAAGAUGGCAGAUUAUCUGCUGAGUAAGCCAUUCUUCUGUGUGUUGUUCUGCUGAAUGCAGUGAGUGUUUCUGCCGUCACCAUCGAGCCGCCAGUGGGUGAUCCAUCGGAUGCCUUCAAGGACCGCCGGCCCACCACCGCCCCUCUGGUGGGCGGCCCGCUGGGCAGCACCAUUGCAGAUAUGGUCGUCAACCGACAGGAGGAGGACGAUAGUGGCGACAGCGAUGAGGGUCGGUGUGCAGCCCGCCGCCUCCAUCUCGGUGUGUCUGUCGGAUGGAUCGGUGUGUGUGGUGGUGCGCAGAUGAGGGUGCGGAUGACGACGAUGGCGAUAGUGGUGAGGGUAAGUGGUGUGUGUGGUGUGUCCAGCCCGCCUUGCUAGGUGUCUUACUGGUAUGUUUGUGUGUGUGUGUGUGUGAAGAGGAUGGUGCGGAUGACGGCGACAGCGAUGAGAGUGAGUGGGAUACAUGUGUGUGUGUGUGUGUGUGUGUGUGUGUGGUUGGGCCCACUUGUAUGUUUGCGUGUCUUGAGUGUGCAGAUCUGGAUGGCGACAUCGACGGCGAUGGCGAGGGCGGUAGUGGCGACAGCGAUGAGGGUGAGUGUGCAGGCGGCCGCCUCCAUCUAGGUAGGUCGGCUGGAUGAAUCGGUGUGUGGUUUGUGCAGAAGAGGGUGCGGACGAGGAUGAUGACGAUGACGACGAUAGCGAUGAGGGUGAGGAGUCAGUGGGGGGCGGUGUUUGUGUCUGGGCUCACUUGUACGUUUGCAUAUGUUGUGUGUGCAGAUGGGGAUGGCGACGGCGACGGCGACGGCCAGCAGCAGGAGGAAGAGGGUGAGAUGGGUGGAGGGGAUGGCUAUGGUAGAGAUGGGGGCAGGGGAUGAGCCAGAUCAGGGCGACACACAUGCAUUCGUUGUGUGCGUCAUGUCAUGGCUGUGAUGUAUCCCUCCAUGUGUCAGGUGAGGGUGUGGAGAGGGAGGCCAAGAGAAGGAGGCUGGAGCACAGCUAGAUGGCACAGCGGCUGUUUGAUGCUUCCCCCGGCCGCGGUGCCAAUGGCAGAGACCAAUGUACUGAUCGCUCAACUGCCCCACUUGCUCAUGGCCAUUUAGCUUGCGUAGCUGAUUGAUUGAUGACGCGGUGUGAAUGGACACACAUCGAUGUGUCAACUAUUCGCC